AUGUCGGACGACGCUCAACACCCCAGAUUCAUGGGGCUUACAGGAAGACCGCUGAGUACAGCUGUGUCAGUCGUCGCUACUACGGGAUUCCUUCUCUUCGGUUAUGACCAGGGUGUGAUGUCAGGAAUCAUUUCAGCCGCUCCUUUCAACGCCUACUUCCCUGAAAUCCUGUAUAACGAAACGUGGCAAGGCUUCGUGACUGCCAUUUACGAGAUUGGUUGUCUGGCUGGCGCUAUCACAAUGCUUCUAUACGGCGAUACUCUUGGUCGUCGCAAAGCCAUUACAACCGGUGCGAUUGUUAUGAUCAUUGGAACGCUUAUCCAGGUGACCCCGAUCAAAGGACACCAUGCCGGCGCACAGUUCAUUUUGGGGAGAACAAUCACUGGUGUCGGUAAUGGCAUGAACACAGCAACGAUUCCGACCUACCAAGCAGAGUGCUCCAAGACCACCAAUCGAGGGCUUUUGAUCUGCAUCGAGGGUGGUGUCAUCGCUUUUGGUACAUUGAUCGCAUACUGGACGGAUUAUGGCUGCUCGUACGGCCCUGAUCAGCUCACCUGGCGUUUUCCGAUUGCGUUCCAAAUCGUGUUUGCUCUGAUCAUUCUGGUUGGUCCCAUGCUCUUACCUGAGUCGCCCCGUUGGCUACUGAGCAAGGACAGGCACGAGGAUGCAAUCAAGGUCAUUGCGGCACUCCGCGGACAUCGGAUGGACUCAGAGGAGACUCGUCUUGAAGCUCACAUCAUCAUGGACUCGCUUCGUGCCUCUGGUCACAAGGGCGGCAACACACCAUUCAGCGCGCUCUUCACCAACGGCAAAACGCAGCAUUUCCGCCGUAUGAUGCUUGGGGCAUCAUCUCAACUCAUGCAGCAGAUCGGUGGCUGCAAUGCAGUGAUCUACUACUUCCCGAUCUUGUUCGAGCGCUCGAUUGGACAGACCCACGAGAUGUCACUGCUGCUUGGCGGUAUUAACAUGAUCGUCUACUCUAUUUUCGCGACAACGUCUUGGUUCUUGAUCGAGAGAUGCGGCCGUCGUAAACUAUUUCUUAUUGGUACUGUUGGACAAUGCUUGUCAAUGGUCAUCGUUUUUGGAGCCCUGAUCCCCGGCAAUCCAAGCGCUGCCAAGGGUGCUGCCGUCGGUUUGUUCACGUACAUUGCCUUUUUUGGAGCUACGUGGUUGCCUCUUCCCUGGCUAUACCCUGCAGAAGUCAAUCCUGUUAAGACACGGGGCAAGGCAAACGCUGUCUCGACGUGUACAAAUUGGCUGUUCAAUUUUUUCGUGGUGAUGAUCACACCUAUCUUGAUUAAAAACAUCGGCUGGGGUACAUACCUCUUCUUUGCCCUUGUCAACGCGUGCUUCCUCCCCUUCAUCUAUAUCUACUACCCAGAGACAGCAAGACGUUCACUUGAGGAGAUCGACUUGAUCUUCGCUAAAGGCUACGUAGAGAAUAUGAACUAUGUCAAGGCUGCCAAAGAAUUGCCCUAUCUGGACGAGCAUGGUAUCGAGCAGAUGCAGCGUCAAUACGGCUUCUUUGACGAAGACGAUGCCGGCCUGGAGGUUCUUGGCGAGAAACAAGGGCAUGGCAUGGUAUCUGAAGCCGUGAAACCGUGA